AGGAUUACUGCCUCACAAGAAAGGCUGAGGGAACUACCAGUACCAGUUUACAGUAUUACCAGAUCCCAAGACCUGUGUGGAAAGUCAAAACAAUAAAGAGACAAGGCUAUGGACCCAAAGGCUCCCACCACCAGCCCACCUCAAGAGAAAACCACUCCUCCUAAACAUCCCCCUCCAUGGUCCCCCCCGUCUGGGGGUAAGAGAUUGGGUACCCCCCAGAUUACCCCGGGCUCAUCAACGAGGAGUCAGCUAGGAGUGCCUGAUCCCUUCACAAGAAAGAUAUCUCGGUUCCCCAAGAAACAUUUUACACAAAGCUCAUCUCGUUUCAACCCCCAACAACCACCCCCUGAUUACAAGCCCCUCCCUCUGCUCAAAGAUGCUUCCCCUGAGGAGAGAACUGCUCUAUUCAUUCGCAAGAUUGAGCAGUGCUGCUAUAUUUUCGAUUUCUCUGACCCGAUGUCUGAUCUUCGAGCCAAGGAGAUCAAGAGGGCAGCUCUUAAUGAAGUGUUGGACUAUGUCUCCAACUACAAAGGAGUUCUCUCAGAACCCAUCUAUCCUGAGGUCGUGCGCAUGUUUCGUAUGAAUGCUUUUCGGACUCUCCCUCCGAUCAACAAUCCGGACUUUGACCCUGACGAGGACGAGCCUCCACUGGAGGCCACAUGGCCCCACCUCGAGCUAGUGUAUGCUUUUUUCCUGCGAUUCCUGGAGAACCCUGACCUCCAAGCCUCACAAGCCAAGAGGCACGUCGACCAAUCGUUUGUGCUUAAAGUGUUGGAACUGUUUGAUAGUGAAGACCCGAGGGAGAGGGACUUCCUCAAGACAAUCCUGCACAGAAUCUACGGCAAGUUCCUCGGAUUAAGGGCCUACAUCAGACGACAGAUCAACCACAUCUUUCUAAGAUUCAUUUAUGAGACAGAGAAGUUCAACGGUGUGGCUGAGCUUCUGGAGAUACUGGGAAGCAUCAUCAAUGGCUUUGCCCUCCCCCUGAAGCCAGAGCAUCGGCAGUUCCUUGCCAAGGUGCUCCUCCCUCUCCACACCACCAAGACCCUCAACCAGUACCAGGCCCAGUUGGCCUACUGUGUGGUGCAGUUCAUUGAGAAGGACCCAGAGCUGACAGUGCAGGUUGUGAGCAGCCUGCUUAAAUUCUGGCCCAAAACCAACUCCCCUAAAGAGGUUAUGUUCUUGGGAGAGCUGGAGGAGAUACUGGACAUCAUUGACCCAGCUCAGUUUGUGCUAGUACAGGAGAUCCUCUUCAAACAUCUCUCCAAGUGUAUCUCCAGCCCCCACUUUCAGGUGGCUGAGAGAGCACUGUACUUCUGGAACAAUGAGUAUGUCGUGAGCCUAAUGGAGGAGAACUCCGAGGUGGUCCUUCCCAUUAUGUUUGACGCCCUCUACCGUAUCUCAAGGGAACACUGGAACAAGACCAUUGUGGCCCUAGUGUACAACGUCCUCAAGACCAUGAUGCAAAUGAAUACUAAACUGUUUGAUGAUCUCACAAACUCCUACAAGCUUGACAAACAAAAAGAGAAAGAUCUGGAGACAAACAGAGAAGAGCUUUGGAAGAAAUUGGAUGCUCUCAAGUUUGAGCACGACCAUAAGAACACUAACUCCACCCUGAAUGCCACGCCCCCUCCUGACAAUUCUAGCCACAAUAGCGAGAUGGCCUAACUUUUCCAGACAUGUCUUGAACCAUGUACAGUGUAUGUGUGUGUUCUAAUUAUACAGAGUAACUAUUUAAUUUCUUAGCACAAUUGUUGUAUUCUGUGUAGCGGUGUUGUUCAUUUGCUUGCUUUUUAUUCAGCAAUUACUCUCACUUACUUUAACGAAAAAAAUUUGUCUACGUCUUUAA